AAGAUUUUCACUUUCACUUGCUGUAUUUAGCUUCAUUCUAAAGAGGUAGGUAGCAACAGGCUUCAGUGCUAAUUAAAACUCAACUUAUGCAAUUAUUAGGCCUUUAAAGAGACUCAUCUCUCCUAACACCUCCUAAAAAAUGGCUGGCCUCUGCUGGAUGGCUGUGAUGCUGGUCAUCGUCCUGUCUACUGAAAACAGUUUGGCUGCUGUGAACCAGAACAGGCUUGCAAAUAUUGUAAAUGGCAUCUUGAGAGAGUACAGAAUAAACAGCAUGUUCAGUCUGGCUGUCAGAGUCCCAGACGACCAGAGCCGGGAAAUUAAUGAUAUCCUUAAGCAAGUCUUUCAAAGCGAUCCUGUUGAAGAUGUGAGGAAUACACUCAACAGAGAUGAGGUGUACAUCGGCAGCAGGGUGGUUGCAGCCAGGGUUCUGAAACGGACCGAAGGAGCUGAUCAUGCAGAGUCACGAGUUGUUGGCUACUUGGACCACUUGCUCAAAAGGCGUAAUAAGAAUGAUCAUGAUUUGUUGCUUUUCUAUGUUUAUGCCUCCCCAUGUGUUGAAAAAUGUACAAAUAACAAACAUCCUGAGAACAUCCUCCAAAAGAUAAAUCACAUUCAGAAAUGGGAUAGUUAUGCUUUUGUGUUUUCUAAAAUAUUCAAGCCCCGCUUUGGUACGCCCAAUACUGAGGAAGAACUGAGUGGAGCCCUUCAGCGACUCGGAUCUAAAAUUGGUCUAGGCAACAUAUUCCGUUGUGACGGACAAGAUGGUAAGACGCAGUGCAUCAGCUGCUCCAGUAAUAAUCAAGUUACACAUGCUUGUGUUUCAGAUAGGUCAGGGUGGCAGUGGAAGAGGAGGGGGCUUGUGCAGAGGUUGUGGUGACAGCAGAAAAGGAGGGGGCACGGGCAGAAGUCAGGGUCACAGAAACAAAAGAGGCAAUAUGAUGCCGAUGGCGUUUCCCCUUCAAAAUACGGUCUUGAUGAUGGUUAUGGAGAUGUUAGUUGUACUACUGGCAAAGGUUUCUCCUCCUCAGAGUGGUCUUCAUAAUGGUAAUGACAAUGAUAAUUCCAAUACAGGUGAAAAGGACUCCCCAUCACAAAUGGGUCCUGAUUAUAGUAGAGGACGAAAAGGCAGAGCGGGGAAAUACAGAGAAAUGAGAAGAUGAAGAUGAAGGGGACAAAGCUGAGGAGGUGCCUGACGUAGAGAAGCUAGCAGGGGCAGAACGUAGUAACGGUCGGGAAGAGACACAGACUCUUCCACAAUGUAAAAUAACUAAAUAAAUACGUGUUGACAAUGUAAAAAAACCCGGAAAACUUUUUCCAUCUUAAAACUUUUGUUUUUCCUUUCUCAACUUUCUCUGUUAGAUUUAAGUUUGUGGACAAAGGUAGGCCUGCUUCAGUGUCAGUGUAACUCACACUGUACUAAAGCCUUUAUAUUCACUUUAUCCCUCUUUCAUUUUUAUAUGAAGGAAUUUAAAUGUUUUUGUAGAUUUGUAGAUAGAUGCUCAUUGUUCUUUUCCUGUAAUUAAACCUUCGAGUAAUUGUUGACCUCUGAUCCCCAGUCUUUUGAUCAGUCUAAGAAUGUUUUUCCAGAUAACUUGCAGUACAUGAUUCUAUAAUUAAUAAAUGAAUAAUGAAUGUAUAAAUUAAUUCAUUACUCACUACCGGUAAAAUCAUAGGUUUCUGUCUGUACAAGUGGUUCUAAUUAUGCCACCAUUAUUAAUUGUGGCUGUAGUGUCAGAUGAAUUCCAGUAAACAUGAAACAGCUUUCCACUUAUUUGUAUUUCUCACAUGAGAUGGACAAAUUAAUGUGUGCUGCAGCGUCACUCUAACUUUCUUGCUCCCACUUCACUGAUAACACCUUUAUUUUCUGGCAUAGACUAAAAUUCAAAAGAUGAAAUUUAUUAUAAGUGGCAAAAAAUAUACAACUUUUCCCACCCACGUGACAGAAGUGAAAUGUUGCAAAGCAAAGUGAUGAUUAAAAUGUAUAAACUCACUGUUACUGUGUGUGCUCAUGCACUACUGGUCCUAUGUGGUAUUUCUAGUCUGUCUUCAGGUGUCCCUGGUCCAGCCUAAUGGGUCCAGUUUGUAUGCUGUAAAGGGGCAGUAAGGUCAAAUGAUUUGGGUCACAUCUAAUUAAAAAUGAA